AUGACCAUCGUAAGCUCAAGUCACGGAUACUUGGCAUUCAGAGGGGAACCAACCGCUUACCUGUUUCGCCAGGCUCCAGCAUUAUCUACGGACUUCUUGUUUGGGUUCGCAACAGCCGCAGCACAGAUCGAAGGUGGUGGGGCUGAAGCAGAGAAAGCAUCAGGAAGAGGUGAUUCGAUAUGGGAUGAAUUCUGCGAUAGACCGGGGAAUAUCAGGGAUGGUUCACAUGUUAAGAGGACCUGUAACCACUUGGAGAAAUAUAAGGAAGACAUCGCUUUGAUGAAAUCCCUUGGAGCGAAUUCCUAUCGAUUUUCCAUUUCCUGGCCUCGAGUGAUACCAUUGGGUGGAAAAGGCGACCCAGUGAACCAGAAGGGAAUAAACUUCUACAAUAAUCUGGUUGACGAAUGUCUGAAAGUCGGUCUUGUGCCUUUCGUCACAUUAUAUCACUGGGAUCUUCCCCUUGAAUUGUUCAAGCGUUAUGGAGGAUGGUUGAACAAGGAGAGAAUCGUCGAGGACUACACUUACUACGCUAAAACCUGCUUUGAGCUCUUCGGAAAUAGAGUCAAACACUGGUUAACCUUUAACGAACCCUGGUGUACUGCCGUGCUAGGACACGGUAUCGGACAAUUUGCUCCGGGUCACGUAUCAAACACCGAACCUUGGAUUGUCGGUCAAAGCUUGAUGAUUGCACAUGCAUCGGCCUCCAAGCUAUAUAUGAGAGAAUACAAGGCUAAACAGGGCGGUAUGAUCGGUAUCACCUUGAAUGGAGAUUGGACAGACCCUUAUGACGAGUCUCCCGAGAAUGUCGAAGCUGCGCAAAGAAAGAUGGAUUUCGCCGUGGGAUGGUUCGCCGAUGUUAUCUACCUUGGACGAUACCCUCAGUCGAUGAUUGAUAUCCUAGGCGAUAGGCUACCACAAUUCAGCCGUGAAGAACUUGAUCUGCUGAAAGACAGCUCGGAGUUCUACGGCUGCAAUACCUACACUACCAAUACCAUCAAAGCCACCCGAACAAAGGAUGAGUUCGCGGGAUACACAACAAUGGCUUUCGAUAAACCUGAUGGAACAGAGAUUGGCGUCAAAUCUCAAUUAGGAUGGCUCCGUGAUGUGCCUUGGGGAUUCAGGAGAUUACUGAACUACUUGUAUCAACGGUACAACAAGCCAAUCUACAUGACUGAGAACGGGUGGGCCAUCAAAGGUGAAAGUGCCCUCAGUCCAGCAGAAGCAUCGUACUUCGGCUUCAUGGAUAAUUUCGAAUGGGCGUCCGGCUUAGUCCCACGAUUCGGCAGUGUCUAUGUCGACUAUGAAACGUUUGAGAGGACACCUAAAGAUUCGGCGACGUCUUUGAUGAAGUUCUUCAAGGAUAACAUUUCCACUAAGUGA